AUCGGGCACACACAACUGUUGAAAAGCAAUCCAAACAUAUAUAUCCAUAUUAUAGACAAAAACUAAAAUUUAUAGAGAGCAAAAUUUGAACUAUUAACAAUAUGCACAGGCAUCGCUAUAAUAACGUACAGCUCGAUGGGCUGACCGCGGGCUUGCUCAGACACCAACAGCAGCAUCAGCCACAGCCGGAGAUGCCGUUGCCCAAGGGAGGACAUAUAACUGACAAAGACAAGGACAAUGAGCAGUUGCCCAUGUGGCCAAGUGAACGCAUUGCMCCUGGCGGCAGCGGUGCCUUCCAUGUUCCCAAAGUGGAGUACAGCAAGGAAACUGCUGAUUUACUCAAGCUGCUCAUGAAGGAGUCGAAGAUGUCCAUGAUUAUGCGCAAGCAGAUCGAUCAAAGCUUGCGCAGUGGGGAGCCACUGCCCUUGCCUAAGCCGCCUCGUCCCAAUACCAGCAACGAUAUCGACAAGGAGACCCAGGCCAUACUGGAGCGUGCUCGCAAUGCCAAGCGCAAGAAUCUGCGCCAGAUUGAAAGUAGUGGCGCCUAUGAGAGGUCCUACUUUCGCCCCAAAGUGGACAAUCGCAUGGUCAGCGACAAGGCCAAGUCGAGGCUGCAGUUCACCAUGGCUGGCAUUGAGCUGCCGGAUCCGGCCAUCAAGCCGCUACGACGUACCCGUGAGGAUCGUUUGGUUACCGAGAAUGAUCUAAUCAAUGAAUUGCUGGAUCAAAUCAAUGAGCGUGCCGAAUGGCUGGCCGAAAUGGAGGCUCUGGGACAGGGUAAGAAAUAUCGUUUGGAGAUACAUGAUCAAAUCUCCGAGCGCUUACAUCGCAUCCGUAGCCUGGAGACCAAGAUAAAAAUGAAGGCAGAUGGAGGCUAUCGCUUUGUCGACUAGAAUGAAGUUGAAAAGCAAAAUAUGUUAAAUGUUUAACGUGUAGAAAUAGUUAUACAAGUAAAUUGAGCGAACCGUUGAGCAAAU